AUGCCUCUGUUUAUUAAUCGAGACCAGAUAUUUGCGCAUCAAGUCCACCUUUUAGAGCACAAACUACGGAGUAAGGAGGAACACAUUUUGCAGUUGGAAACAGAGAAUGCUCUCCUUCACCUGAAACUCGCCGAGUCUUUGGCCAAACUCCGAUAUGAAAGGAAUGAGGAUAUCCGUGUCCAGAAACAGAACCAUCAGCAGAGACAAGUGCAGAAGUCCACACAUGUGGCUCUCUCCAAACUUCUGUAUGAAGUAAAGGUGCUCAAACAGGAUUUGAGGGAUGUCUUUGCAAUCUACAAGGGAUUUGCCAAAGAACUGGAGGAUCAAAGCAGACAGCUUUUGGAAUGUGUGGGAACAGGCAGAAAUGGUAUCCAGGAUCACCAAAGUGAUAUUCAUAAGCUGCAGGAUCAGGUAGCGGCUCUUGAACACACUCUACAUGAAGAGCAGCAGAGGUGCAGAGAGGAGAGAGUGAGGAGGAGACUCCUCCACAACACUUUGGUUGAGCUGAGGGGUAAUAUAAGAGUUCACUGCAGGGUCCGUCCAAUUCUACCUUUUGAUCACAGCCCAGGAUCCCCCACAUCUAAUGGCGCAUCAUCAUGUGAAGCAGUUAUCCAAGCUUUCAAUGAUGACUCUGUACUUGUAAACUGCGUCAAAACCUCGAGUCCUAUAAUGAACAAAAUAUUUGAGUUUGAGAGAGUACAUGGUCCAGAUGAUGAUCAAGAGACUGUGUUUGAUGAAGUGAAGCCUCUUCUGACCUCUCUGCUUGAUGGGUUUAAUGUUUGUAUUAUGGCGUAUGGGCAGACGGGCAGUGGAAAGACACACACGAUGAUCGGCUCUCAGUCUGAAGGCCCCACAGCUGCAGUGAAGGACUCUCAACAGGGCAUCAUUCCAAAAGCAGCCGAUGAACUGUUCAAGUUGAUCUCAGAGAAGCCUGCAGACAGUCAUACAGUGGAGAUGUCAGUGGUGGAGGUUUAUAAUAAUGAGGUUCUGGACCUGCUGGCCAGAGAUGAAGAUGGUGAAGCAGUCGGGGUGAAGAGAGAGGUUAUCACCACCAGCACAGGCACAAGUGACGUGCCCUGUUUGAAAUAUGAGCUGGUACGGAGUUCAGCAGGGGUGAUGCAGCUGAUCAACUCUGUGUUAAAACUAAGAGCUCACAGUCCCACCCUGGUGCACAGAGAUUCUUCCAGAUCUCAUUUCAUCGUCACUCUCACCGUCACCUCCAAAAGCCCUGAUGCACUGACACUGGCUCGCAGGCUUCAGAGUACCAGGCAGGAUAUAAGAAGGAUGCCCCAGAAGGAAUGGUGGAGCCCACGUUGCCGCAGGGCCGCCUCUUCUCGCACGUCUAGCCCCGCCUCUUCACCGUGUCACUCCCCCUGUAACUCACCGUGCCCCUCUCCCCGACCCAGCAUCGCACAGACUCACCUCAAGACCAAGCUGCAGUUAGUAGACCUGGCUGGGAGUGAGUGUGUGGGGAUGUCAGGUGUGACAGGUGCAGCUCUGAGGGAGAGCUCCUGUAUAAAUCGUAGUCUCUCGGCUUUGUCUGAUGUUCUGGGAGCUUUAGCUGAACAACGACCUCACGUACCCUACCGCAACAGCAAACUAACACAUUUGCUCCAGGACGCCAUAGGAGGGGACGCCAAGCUUCUGAUAAUGCUGUGUGUGUCUCCCACUCAACGCUUUCUCACGGAGUCCCUUCAGUCUCUUGGCUUCGGUGCCAGAGCCAGACAGGUCCAGAGAGAACCGCCACGCAGAAAAAACACAGCUUUGAAGAUGAAGUAACCUACAGAGAAAUGACCAACAGGGAGAUGCAUUUGAUGUAAAAGACUACAUAGGGAAAUGCACAUACAGUUUUAUUUGUAUGCAUAUAAGUCAUAUAAUGAUGUGCUUCAGUUUUGUUUAACGUUCUUAAAAGUGAAAUCUGGGCACAUACAUGAUUCUUUGCUUAAUGGUGACAGAUGAGACUUGGAUUUAAAAAAUUGUUUAAAUGUGACCCUGGAUCACAAAACCAGUCUUAAGUAGCACAGGAACAUUUUCAGUAAAAGACAAAAAUACGUUGUAUGCGUCAAAAUUAUCGAUUUUUCUUUCAUGCCAAAAAUCAUUAGGUUUUAAAUCUUCCAUGAAGAGAUUUUAUCAAUUUCCCACCUUUAAUAUAUAAAAACUUUAUUUUUCUGAGUGGAUGCUCUGCCGCAGUGCCCCGGAUUACAAAACUUCAAAGGCAAUUUUCCCAAUAUUUUUUUUGCAGUCUCAGAUUCCUGAGUUUUAAACUGUUGUAUCUCAGCCAGAUAUUGUCCUAUUCUAACAACUCAUACAUCAAUAUAAACGUAUGUAUUCAUCUUUCAGAGUAUGAAAUCUCAAUUUGGAAAAAUGUAUGCAUAAAACUGGUUUCGUUGUCCAGGGUCACAAAUCAGAAAAAAUGGUAUAGUGACUAAUGUAUAUGCUUUUUUAUUUUAGAAAUGACAUCUUUCUGGUUUAUUCUGCUACUUGUUAAUGUUUCUCUGAAAUAUGUUUACAGUAAGGCUACUCGGUCUAAACACAUCACAGGAUUAUGUAUACAAUUAUCCAUUAGUUUGAGCUAAAGUAUUCAUUUAAAAUGCAAAAUGUAUGUCUUUUAAAGAUUGUAUGUCAACCCAACUGUUGUUCAUAUACUUUAUUUCAAAUUAACAUUACAUAACUCAACGUCUUUAACA